CAGAAACAUUCCUGAAGACUCUGGACCUCCUCCACUUAGUAUAUAUAAACUGGGACAGUCUCACUGCUGAGACAGAAAGCAAGACAAGCAACACCAAGAAGACAACAGACACCUGAACAGUGUUUCAUCUCACAAGAAGAGGACUCAACACUAAACCCACUGAAGAUGCUGUGCUCUCAUGGAGUCCAGUCUGCACUCAGUCCAUUCAUGGACUUCUACUGGCCUGUACGCAGUCUGUGGCCAGAGAUCAAGCCUCUGUUCUACCAGCAGGAUCUCCUGCAGAGAAACCUACAGGAGCUGUGCAGCAGUCUGGAGCUGAUGGAUAAACUUCAACACAGGAUCCUGGAGGAGACAGAUCCUUUCCAAAGCAGCAUGGCUGUGCAGCCAGUUGCCGUCCAGCUGGAGAAAGAGGGAGACAAGUUUGCUCUGAUGCUGGACACUCGAGGCUUUUCCCCAGAGGAGCUGUCUGUCAGGCAGGUGGGCAGGAAGCUGAGAGUCAGUGGCAAGACAGAGAAGAAGCAGGAGGACGGGAAAGGCUCGUACUCUUACAGACUGCAGGAGUUCAGACAGGAGUUUGAUCUGCCUGAAGGACUGAACCAUCAAACCAUCACCUGCCACCUGUCUCCAGAUGGGAAGCUCCACAUCCAGGCAGCCAAAGCUCCGUGUGUUGAAGAGGCUGAGAGAGAGCUGACUAUCAAGAGGAGCUCAGAGGACAAAGCACAGCAGAGUGUGUGUUCACAGGCAGAAGACAGCAGGACAGAGACACACAGCAGCACACAGGACAAACCUGAAAACAUGGAUAUGAAAUGAUACCAAUGUAAAAUAAA